AUGUCCCUGAUUCCCUCCAUGUUCGGCAGAAGAAGAACCGACGCACCCCUUCAACGAACCUGGGAGCCCUACCACGCCCAAGAGCACCACUCCAUGGGCCUGGCCCAGCCCAACCCACCGCCACCCUUGAUGGCCUUCCCCGCCGAGUCCUCGCCGAUGCUGGACGCUCAAAUAGAGUUGAAGGAGACCCCGGAGGCGCACGUGUACAAGGCGCACCUUCCAGGGUACAAGCGCAACGACGUGCGCGUGGAGGUGAACGAUGACAGGGUCCUCUGCAUCGUGUGCGGUAAGAGCGUGGAGAAGGAGCAGCAGCGAGGAGGGUGGCACUGCGUGGAAUUCUCGAGCGGCCACUUCGUUCAGCGCCUCACUCUCCCCGAAAACUCCCUUGUCGAUCACGUCAAGGCCUUCAUGGAAAACGGAGUUCUCACCAUCACCGUUCCCAAACACAACAAAGGGUCCCAGAGUCGCGUCAGAAACAUCAACAUUUCUUCUCGUUCCUGA